ACUCCAUCAGCAAGCGACUUACAGACAUUGCAGCACACACACACACUCACACACACACAGUCAGACACAGAUUAGUGCAGGACUGUCAUACGCAACACACCGUCUUCCUGGGAUAUGAACACUCUCAUCAUCAUUUCUCUACUUUGCAUCGUUGUCUGCAGCGCUCUGGGUGCUCAGGGAUCUGAGGACACUUAUUCAGGUGAAUUAGCCAGAGUGACAGCCGGUCCAGCCUCUGGGGAGGGACACCUUCAUUCACAGAAUGACGAUGAUGAGGUGGGAGUAGAAGAAGAACUUUCAGGAGGAGACAACGAAAAUGUGAUCCUCCAUGUGCUUCCAGUCACAGAGCUGCAUGCUGAUAAAGAUGAGAGAAGGAAGAGGAAGGGGAAAAGCAAGAGGAAGAACAGGCAAAAGAGCAAAAGCACUACUCCGUUUAACCCCGAGCACACAUUCCUAACAAGCGGGCACACAUCCACUCUCACCUCAACUCAAGAUCCCUGCACCUCCACCCACCUGGGCUACUGCAUACAUGGCUAUUGCAAAUACAUUGAGGGUCUGAGAGAGCCCGUGUGCAUAUGUAUGAAGGGUUAUGAUGGAGAGCGCUGUGGCAUCCAAACUUUAGAGUCAUUCAUACCUGAUAAGACCUACAACACUGAGCUGCCGCAGACAGUCCUAGUGGUCAUUGCAGUUGUCCUGUCGGUCAUCAGCUGCUGCGCCAUCCUGCUCCUGACCUGUGCUCAUUACAGGUCACAUAAAAACUUCCUGGCCUCCUACCUUGGAUCUGGGUCAGAGCAGGAGAAACUCCAGAAACCCAUGGGUGAUGUUGUUGUGUGAGGGAAUCAAGUUACAAAGAGGCGGGUGGCCAAUUAAACAAGAAGAGGAGUCAAAUGACCUGAGGGAUCAGUAGAUGAUGUGCACAAAUGCACAGCUAGUUAGAAUUUAAUUUAUUUAGAGUAAAUAUUUAUUGCUUACAACGUAUAAGUGUGUGUAUGUUUGAUUAUUACAAUUGCAUUGUCAUGUAUGAGCGAAUGCUGAGCAUUCAGCCUUUUUUAUUUUGUAGGUUUGGUUUUAUUUAUUGCACUACAUUUGUUAUAGGUCAUAAAACUCUCAAAAUGUAACAAACCCUUGAAAAGUGCUAGAAUUUGAUUUCAAAUAAAGUCUCUAAGUGUUACAUUAAAGUAUUUCAUUGUCCAAUUA